CCUCAAGUACUACAGCCUUCCAGCAGCCUUCCCAGUUCCACAGACCUCGCCCAGGGAAAACUAAUAAAAAUGCCACAUAUCGAGGCCCACAGUGAAUAUCCUAAACAUGGUCUGCAUGACAAUAGCAAUCAUCAGAAUCAAAAUGCUGCAAAUGUCUCUCUCGCAAAUAGCCUGAAUGAUGUAAACACUCUAAGGAGCGUACAGUUAAACAUAAAAGAUGAGAAGGCAUCAUAUUUGGAAAAUUUGAAAAAUAAAAAUACUGAAGACCCUGGAGAGGUGGCUAGUAAUAAAGGUACAUUACCGUCUCGUUCCUGUUUUCAGACCUCUACACGAGCUGAUGCUAGAGAGGUGCAGGCUGAAUUAGCUGUGAAAGGUCAGCCCUCACUCACAAACCAGGCUUCUCGGCCAAAGACCUUAAGAAUCGCAAAGCCCCCAAAUGCUUUAGUGCCUCCUACAAUGGCCGUUCUCACACGAUCUGCAAAUCAUUCCGCUGCUUCCAAGGAACCUGAGCUGCUACCAUCAAGUAGUUCGACUCAGCUACAGCCAACAUCUGGUCAGGAUAACCUAAAGGGUAAACAGAGUCAGAAAGUGUCUAAACUCCGCCUACCAACUACAUCCUUUGUUAAAUAUAAGCAAAUGAGCAGUCAGAAAUCCACACCAGUAUCUGCAGAGCCUCAAAACACCUGUUUGAAGACUAACAUCCCAAAGCCACCGGUACAGAGAAAGGAAAUUGUGCAAACACAGAAUACCGCUUUGCAUGCUGGGGAUAGUUUGCCCUCUACUCGGCAGUCCCGCCUCCCUAAACCAAAGACACAUUGA